AUGUUACUAUUAUCAGAUAAUGAGAUAAAGAAGAUAUGUUUUUCAGAUGAGAGCAAGUUCUGCCUUUUUUUCUCUGAUGGUAAAGUUUCUGUAUGGUGGGAAGCCGGUGCAGACCUUAAAACAUGUAAUUUGCCUGCUACUGUAAAUUAUGAUGGUGGGUCAGAAAUGGUAUGGGGAUGUUUUAUAUACCUUUGUGUAGGAAAGCUUGUUUUUAUAAAAGGUAAAACAAAUUCUGAAUACUAUGUGAAUAUUUUAUCUAAUAGUUUAUUUAAUCCGGUUAGAUUUAUGGAUCUGCAAGAUAACAUUUUUCAACAAGACAAUGAUCACAAACAUACUGCAAAACUUACAAAGCUGUAUUUCAAGUUAUAA